AAGAAAAUCGUCACCGCCCCAGACAUGGGCUCUGCCAUGCUUGCACACGCAAAACUUUCCAACUUGCUGCUGUGGCUGUUGAGUGUGRUAUCCUGCUCUGCUGCUGCUGAUGGGGACGAGCCCAGCGUGGGCAAGAGGUCCUUGUCUCAGUAUGAACCUGAUUCUGAGGGUGCUCUUGACUCUUUGCAAGACACGAGGCUACAUGUUUUCACCCUGGACUAUGACUAUGUGCAAAUUCCGUAUGAAGUUACUCUUUGGAUUCUCCUUGCCUCUUUUGCCAAAAUAGGUUUCCAURUCUAUCACCGAUUACCACGACUCAUGCCUGAAAGCUGCAUCCUGAUUGCCAUUGGAGCACUAGUAGGAGCAAUCAUCUUUGCCUCCCAUCACAAAUCUCCACCAGUGAUGAACACUAGCAUUUAUUUCUUGUAUCUCCUCCCACCCAUUGUCCUGGAGGAGGGUUAUUUCAUGCCAACUCGCCCAUUUUUUGAAAACAUUGGGUCCAUWCUGUGGUGGUCUGUUCUGGGAGCUCUGCUAAACUCGUUUGGGAUUGGACUCUGCCUCUAUGGAAUCUGCCAGAUCGAAGCCUUYGGCCUGAGUGACCUGAACUUGCUGCAGAACCUGCUCUUUGGCAGCAUGAUUUCAGCAGUGGAUCCCGUGGCAGCUCUGGUGGUUUUUGAAGAAGCCUCAGUUAAUGAGCAGCUUUACAUGAUGAUCUUUGGAGAGUCAUUGCUAAACGAUGGCAUAACGGUGGUUUUAUAUAACAUCUUCAUCGCCUUCACCCAGAUGCACCGGUAUGAAGAAAUUGAGUUCAUCGAYGUCUUUGCUGGUUUCGCUCGUUUCUUCGUGGUGGGGYUGGGUGGAGUYGUGUUUGGMRUCGUAUUUGGAUUUGUCUCAGCAUUCAUGACUCGAUUCACCCACAACGUCUCUUCAAUCGAACCCCUGCUGGUCUUCAUGUUCAGCUACCUGUCAUACUUGUCUGCUGAGACCCUUUACAUCUCUGGCAUUUUGGCGAUGACAGCAUGUGCAGUGACAAUGAAAAAAUACGUGGAGGAGAAUGUUUCCCAGAAUUCUUAUACCACAAUAAAAUAUUUCAUGAAGAUGCUAAGCAGCAUCAGUGAGACCCUGAUUUUUGUGUUCAUGGGAGUGUCUACAGUGGGGAAAAACCACGAAUGGAACUGGGCCUUCAUUAGCUUCACUCUGCUCUUCUGCCUCAUUUGGCGRACACUGAGUGUAUUUGCUCUCUUCUACGUCAGUAACAAGUUCCGAACAUAUCCCUUYACCUUCAAAGACCAACUCAUCAUUUCUUACAGUGGCCUCCGAGGAGCCAGCAGCUUCUCUCUUGCAUUCUUGCUUCCAGUGAAUCUCUUCCCCAGAAAAAACUUAUUUAUCACUGCGACUCUUGUGGUUAUAUAUUUCACUGUGUUCAUCCAAGGAAUCACAAUUGGACCAUUGGUCAGAUACCUGGAUGUCAAAAAGACRAACAAAAAGGAAUCUAUCAAUGAAGAAAUUAAUGUACGAUUGAUGGAUCACUUGAAGGCUGGUGUUGAAGACAUAUGUGGACACUGGAGUCAUUAUCAGCUGAGAGAUAAAUUUAAGAAGUUUGACAAUAAGUACUUGAAGAAAAUUUUGAUUCGGGAACACCAGCCCAAAUCCAGCCUUGUGUCAUURUACAAAAAGAUGGAGAUAAAACUGGCCAUCGAGAUGGCUGAGAGUGGCAUGAAAAUCUCAAAAUCAUCCACUACUUCUUCACAGAGCGGCAGGAAGCAGCGUGCGCACCGGCUGUCCCCCGCAGAGGUGGAGUCCAUGAGAGAUGUGCUGGCACACAACCUGUACCGAGUGCGACAAAGGGCGCCAGCAUACAACCGGCACAAUCUACCGACUAACACGUGUGAGAAACAGGCGCAGGAAAUCCUCAUCCGUCGGGAGCACAGCCUGAGGCAAAGUUGCAGRAAAGGAAACAGCUUGCCUUGGGGUAGACCGGUUAACACCACGGAAGUACGCUACCUGUCCUUGCCUCAGGGUCCACGCCAACCCCCCAGACGAAAAGCCAGGCAUGUUACUUUUACAGAUCAGCAUAGAAGUGGCUCUGAUGCUGCACUCCCAUUAACAUCCAGAUCCCAGCCCCGCCUGCGGCCACUGGAAGCAAAACACCGCCAAGAACUGAUUCCAAUGGCAAGCUUGGAKAGACGAGCAGCUCCACCCAAUCUGUCAGGUCGAAGAGGAAAUUCGAUCAGCCGUCCCCGUUUCACCAGAGUAGACAAUCUAGCCCCAAUGYCAAAGUCUGGGUUCACUGUCAGAGAAGUAGAGGAGUAUGAGUCAGAAGAAGAGACAGAAACAAUGGCACCAGCCAGGCCAUUAGUUAUAUGAGGAGCAGAGAAGAUCAGCGUUUGCAUCUCCAGGGMCCCUGGUGCACUGCUACAAAAGAAAUAACAAAGCCUUUGUAUGAACCAAACUAUGAUUUUCCUCUGGGGACUGGUGUACUUGUCCUCGUAUCACUUUCAAGAGCUGUAUUAAGGUACUUAGUAGCUCAGAGAAGACUCAAAUUYUUAUGUGUUUAUAUCAAGCUUUAUUUCCAACAAAACACUGCAGGAAAGAGAAGAUGGUAUUUGUAGGGGUUUGGACAUGGUUUUAAACAGUACAGAARUAGCUGGGUGCAUGCAAUGUUAUGGGUGAAAGCUGACAUUGCCUUUGUUCCAUACUAUGGUCUACAUCCAGAGGAAAGAAAUAUAUAAAGGCAUCCUUGACAUGUGGAUGCACAGAUUGAUUACCUCAUCUGACACAGAACUUUUCACCUUGGAGUAGCUGCAAUUCCAGGAAAGAGUUAAAAMCAGAAAGUCACUUUUUAGGGCAUGCAAAUGUCACUGAAGAAAUCUAAGCAAGACCUUAAGUCAACAGGAUUUUCAGUGGAAAUUUUCAGCACUUGGGAACCUCUCUGUAGCUCAGGUUUUGGCUCUGCAAUAGUGCCUAAUGUCUGCKGCUGUGAUGGUCCAUGACUCCUACUACUUAAAGCAAUUUCAACAUGCAGGCUCCUAUCACUCACCUACCAUUGUUUUAAAUAAAGGAGAUAUUUUCAUUUGUUCAAAUCCAGAGCAGUUUUCAGGCUGAGGGGCUGUCAGGACUUUAUUUGUAAGCACAGGAUGGCAAGAACAUACCCAAUAUUCUUGUGAUUCAUCAAGUUGGAGGCCUCAUUGUAUAGUAUCUAACUCYUCUAUUCCCCAUUCCCACCUCAUGUGUCCAAAUGUGUGGACUGUUCUUCACACUACAACUGGACCAGCAAUGCAGACAGGAAGCAAAAAACUGGGAUUAAAGGUAAUGGGAGCCUAACCCUGCUGGCUAGCAAGAAAGAGGGGCCUUUUUCUCCCAGCUUUUUGUAGUGUGUCUGCCUAUAUGUUGUACAGAGAAGCUUUUCCAUGAAAGAAGCAGAAAUAAGCAGAGGGAUGUGCACCACAGCACUUGACCUCCCAACSUUUCUGUGGAGCUCCCUUCCAAGUGGCUCUGUGUGCCCACGCUCCAGUCUCAAUGGUGAGUCUCCCUGAGCAGGAGGAGAAACAAAAGUGUGUUCUUGAGUAACUUUAGCUAAGGUCUAACUCCCAGAUACCUAGAUCCUCUGAUGAAGUUCUUUUCUGCAGAAUGAAAGCAUCAUUGACAGUGUAUUCUCUGUUUUGGAACUGUAGUUGGGCUGAUUUUAUCCAAAGGGUUGAAUUGGGUUCAAAAGUCCAUAAACCCACCCUGACAUCCACAAUAAAAUCAAAUCUAUGGUUAUGAAGUGCACCAAAUUCAGUCAUGUUUUGGUCAGAUUUCCUCCAGUCCCCUCCACUCUGACCUUGCUUAGCUGUCCAGCUCAAGCUCUGUAAAUGCUGCUCUAAGAGUCAGACUCGAGUUAGAGAUAGCAGUUCUACCUGUAUGGUUUUCAUUUUUAUAUUGCUGUUAAGCACUUGUAUGUCCUCAUCCAUAAAAGAACUUAAAAGUCUAAGUUAUKACUUCAUCUUUCUUACAAAGGCUUUCUAGUUUAAGACAGGUAGAAUCUAAACUAACAAAUUUGAAAAGCACUACCAGAGGGAAAAAACCCUACAAGCCCUUUUCCCUGUUUUCUCAUGUUUGCAACUUWUAUGCUUAGGUUAUAAUGAAUAAUCUAUACUGAAACUGUCCAAAGCUUUAUGAAACUUGARUUCUGUUUGUGUUUCCUUAUUGUGCCAGAGAAAUUAUAUGACUUCCU